UUUUAUGCCAAGUCUUGCGCUUACUGUCCAAAGAUUUAUACUUCCACCUAUACCCAUACAACACUUCAAAAAACCUACACUCUGUGCUAGAACCAACAAUGGGGAACCAGAGAAAGCCAAUUAAUAGAAAUUCAAAUGAUGGAAAACAAGUUGUUAAUGACCCUCGUUUUCAAUCUGUUCAUUCUGAUCCCAGAUUUUCAAAAGUUCGCCGUGGCAAUUUAAAAGUUAGAGUUGAUGAACGUUUCAAAUCAUUGAAAGACGACAAGGAUUUUAAAACCUCUGCUAGUGUGGAUAAGUAUGGAAGAAAACUAAAACAGGAUAAAUCGGCAAAGGAGAUUGAAAGACUCUACGAUGUUGAGGAUAAGGAUUCCUCUUCUGAAGAAUCUGAUGAGGAUAAAAAUAAAGCAGGUGAAAGAGAAGAAGAUGAAGAAGAAGAAGAAGCUUCAUCGGAGUCAGAGAGUUCGGAGGAUGAAGAGGAAGAGCCCGUUUUUGAUCCAGCUCGUGGUGAGGGCGUUGUAAGUACUUCGGAAAGUGAUGAAAGUGACGAAGAAAGCGAGACUGAAGUGCAACCAGAAGUUACCCAACUUGCUGGUUUAGAAAGUGAGGAUCGUAUUCCUCGCGGAAGCGAAACUAGCAGAAUAGCCGUCGUGAAUAUGGAUUGGGAUAAUAUCGAAGCGGUUGAUCUGUUUGCGGCUCUUUCUUCUUUUUGUCCCCCAUCUGGAAAGUUAUUAAAGGUUUCUGUUUAUCCUAGUGAAUUCGGCAAACAACGACUUAGUGUUGAGCACGUCCAAGGACCUCCUCGUGAAAUUUUCGCUCCAAAGAAUGACAAUUCUACUUCCAGUGAACUCCAGGAAGCCCAAAAAUAUGGCUUUGAUGAAAAGGAAGAAUCCGAAUCUGAUGACGAUCAAGCUGGUUUAGUCGAAGAGGAUUUGGGCGCUGAAUUUGACAUGGUAAAAUUACGACAAUAUCAAUUGGAAAGACUCCGUUAUUUCUAUGCAGUUGUUGAAUGCGAUAGUAUUCGUACCGCGAAAGCUAUAUACAAUGCUUGUGAUGGAGCUGAAUUCGAGACAACAGCAAACAUAUAUGACUUGCGUUUUAUUCCUGAUGGCGUCAGUUUCGAAGAAGAUGAGCCGAGGGAAGUAUGUACCAAGGUUCCUGAAAAAUACGAGCCUCGUGAAUUUGUAACUGAUGCCUUACAGCACUCAAAGGUAAAGCUUUCUUGGGAUGCAGAUGAUCCAAAUCGAAAGGAUUUAAUUAAAAAGGCGUUUACUUCUCAAGACCUUGAGGAUUUGGAUUUCAGUGCGUAUGUUGCAUCUAGCGAAUCUGAGGAUGAAGAUACUGAUGAGUUGCGCUCUCGUUACCAGAAACUGUUGAACGGAGAUGGAGUAGAUGAAGCGGAGCGUAACCCAUUUGAGGAGCCUGGUAACUCAGAAGGUGGAAAAGGUGAUAUGGAAGUGACUUUUACUUCUGGAUUGGAUGAAACGGAAGAUAAAGGAGGUGAAGAAGAAGAAACUACCAUUGAGAAAUAUAAGCGUAAGGCUGCUGAAAGAAAGCAACGUAGGAAAGAGUUGAGGAAGUCUAGACAAGAGGAAGCAAAUGAAGGAAAGAAAGAAGAUCUUGGCUUUGAUGACGAAUUUUUCCAAGAUAAUUCUCUGAAGAACCGUAAGAAGAAAACUACAAAACAAAAAGAAGUUGAGGAAGAUCCCAAUGCCGCAACAAAAGAUGAGCUUGAAGCGAUAGUGAAAGAAGAUGCGGAUAAUUCGGAACAUCUUGAUCAUUUUGAUAUGAAGAGUAUUAUGAAGGCCGAGAAGAGCAAAAAGGGACGUAAGCAGAAGAAGAAAGCUGCUGAGUUGGAGGGUCUACAAGAAGGUUUUGAUGUUAAUGUCGCUGAUCCUCGAUUUGAAGCGUUGUAUUCUAAUCACAACUUUGCUAUCGAUCCUACCAAUCCUCAUUUCAAGAAAACCAAGACAACAGAAAAGAUCAUGAACGAAAGAUUGAAACGCCGAGAGCAUAGUUUAGAACAAGUUGACGAAGGAAAGGUGGAGAAGAACGUGAAAAAGCGUGGUCCUGCCAAGCAAGACAAGAGCCAGGACCUCAACAGAAUCGUACAAUCCAUUAAAAGGGCUAAAAAAUAAAGGAUAUGGGUAAUAAGUUUUAUAUUGAUCUUUUGGUUUUUUUUUGGAAAAUUGGUUUAAAAAUCUGAUUUUUGGGUUACAAGUAAUUAGACAUUAUAAUAAUAUAGGUACAUGGUUCUUGAAAUACUCAAAAGUAAGCGAAUGAAAGGAAUAUAAUUUUCGUUGAAACAUAGUAAUGUUUCCCUAAAAAGUAAAUGAAAUUAACUCAAG